CCCACCCCACAUUAUUCCCAGGAAGCCCAGUGCCCCACGCGUAUCUGCUUUGUGAGACGAAGCUGGGGGCUCCACGUACCUUGCCAGUCUUCCGUGUCCCUUUAUUUCUAUUUCGUCACCCAACUAAGGUAUGGAAGUAGCAGAAUGUGGUGAUGGCUGGCACCAUGGGAGGUUGAUGACAAACCAGAAGAAAAAUACAAGUGCCACCCGGAUGGCUUCCCAGAAUCGCGACCCAGCUGCCGCCAGCGUUGCUGCCGCCCGUAAAGGAGCCGAGCCCAGCGGGGGCGCCGCCCGGGGCCCCGUGGGCAAGAGGCUACAGCAGGAGCUGAUGACGCUCAUGAUGUCCGGUGAUAAAGGAAUCUCUGCCUUCCCUGAAUCAGACAACCUUUUCAGAUGGGUGGGGACCAUCCAUGGAGCAGCUGGCACAGUAUAUGAAGACCUGAGGUAUAAACUGUCCCUGGAGUUCCCCAGCGGCUACCCUUACAAUGCACCCACGGUGAAGUUCCUCACGCCCUGCUACCACCCCAACGUGGACACCCAGGGUAACAUCUGCCUGGACAUCCUGAAAGACAAGUGGUCUGCCCUAUACGAUGUCAGGACCAUCCUGCUCUCCAUCCAGAGCCUGCUCGGAGAACCCAACAUCGAUAGCCCUUUGAACACACAUGCCGCCGAGCUCUGGAAAAACCCCACAGCCUUUAAGAAGUACCUGCAAGAAACGUACUCAAAGCACGUCUCCAGCCAAGAUCCCUGACCCAGGAUGUGCAGCUCUCCUUCUGUUGUCUUUUUAUUUUUUUUCCCUUAGAUGGUCUGUCCUUUCCUCGAUUUCUGUACAGGACCCUGUAUCUUAUCUGUGGUGUCAUUUUUGUUUUGUUUCUGUUUUUUAAAUUAAGUGUCUCGUUAAGCCCUUGUGAUGAGUAUAUUAAAUAAAUACAUUUUGGGGUUUUUUAACAA